AGCAAAGUUACACUUCCUGGAAAUCGUUGCUAUGACAAACAUCAACAACUGGACAUUCUUCUUCACUUUCAUUUAGCUACCAGUUUUAAUGUUUUUAUCAAAUAAUACGGUUUGUUUUUAUUAGAAUAAUUUUGCUAGUUAGAGAUUAGUUAAUUGCUAACAGUAAGUCAAAGAAUGACAUCCGUUUUACAGCCUCAAAAGGAGGCUCCAAACGGGACUUACACAUUCGCCAGUCGCCCAAGACCUGUUCAAAACCGCACAAAAUACAGAGAGCCCGUCGCGGAGCAAAGUGAUGGACAAAGCAAUUAUGGAAACAUCAUGUAUGACCGACGUGUUGUCAGGGGAAACACAUAUGCCCAGCACAUCCUACCAGUGGCAGCUCAGCCUGACCCUAUUGAGGUCCAGAGACAGCAGGAUUCCAGAAGGAGAUCGGUCGCUCGGAAGCGUGCCAUGGAGCAGUUCAGGCCCAGGACUCCAGAGGCUCUGGAGGGAAGGAAGCACAUAGAUGUACAGACAGAGCUUUAUCUUGAGGAGCUGAAUGAUCGCAGAGAGGACACCAGCGUCGAGUGCCAGACCGAUGCCUUCCUGGACAAACCGGCCACCCCCCUCUUCAUUCCUGCCAAGUCCGGUAAAGAUGUGGCCACACAGAUAGAGGAGGGAGAGCUGUUUGACUUUGACAUGGAGGUGUGCCCGGUGUUGGAGGUGCUGGUGGGGAAGACUGUGGAGCAGGCCCUGCUGGAGGUCAUGGAGGAGGAGGAGUUGGCCAGUCUGCGGGCACAGCAGCGUGCCUUCGAGGAGCUCCGCAACGCCGAGCUGGUGGAGGUGCAGCGGCUGGAGGAGCAAGAGAGACGCCACCGUGAGGAGAAGGAGCGUCGGAUCACCCAGCAGCGAGAGGUGCUGAAGAAGGAGAUGGAGACUGCGGACAAGAUUGCGGCGAGAGCGUUUGCCCAGCACUACCUGGCCGACCUGCUCCCCUCGGUCUACACCACGCUGAGGGAACACGGCUACUUCUACGACCCUGUGGAGAGAGAUAUUGAGACUGGCUUCCUCCCGUGGCUGAUGGCUCAUGUCAGUAACACUUUGGAGAAGAGAUAUGUGGCAAGAGCAGUGCUGGACAUGCUUAUCCAUGAUGUCACCCAGAAGAGGCUGGAGCUGUUCCAGCAGAUGCAGCCCCACGACCACUCCACCCAAUGAGGGCCUGUACCACUAUGGGGGGACAUACAGGGAAUGCAUUUCAAAUGAAAAGUUGAGGAGCUGAAUGGCGAAAGGAAAAUCUCUACAUAUCUGUGCAACACAGUACAUUAAAUGGUUAUUGAAAAAAUGAUUUACUCUACUUAUAUUCAUGAUUUGAAAAUAUCAAACAACUGUCUACAAUAAAGACUAUAGAUUUAACUCUUA